AGUCAGACGGAUUUCGUUUUAUUGCCCAUUUGUAUUGACCAUUCUCUUGUGCCCUCUUAUUCGUAUCGUUUGGAUCGCUUUUUCAAAAAGACGUUAGUCGUUUUUUGUAUUUCGUUCGUGGAGGUUGUGCGUUUCCGCCGAAAAUACAUGUAUACUGUCGAAGUUUUCCGGUUAAAACGUUGAAAAGAAAAUAAAUAUCUAUUUAAGAAAAUAUUUUUUAAUGUGUGUGCGUGUUUGCACUGUGGAUAAGGGGGAAAACUAAAGAAAAGUCAAUUGAAAGUGCUCCCGUGUAGUGGGUACGAUACGGUUGGUGGUGUGCCGGCAUAGGGGUCUUAAUCAAAAAGCCCAACAACAACACCGACAAAAGAAGAGAUUCAAAAGCGAGUGUAUGAAAAAAGUUUUUGUUUCAUUAAUUCAAAUUGCAUACACACCAAUUUAUGCAGACGUUCUAUACGCGUGUGUGUCUAUGUGCGUUGUUUAAUGCAUAAUGGAUCUAUGAUGGGAUCCCAUCUAUGAACGGACCUGCAAGUGCGUGACAGAGCCAUUGAAAAAAACAACAAAAUCUAAAAAGUGGGAGCAAAGUGCGUAUAAAUGUGUGUGCAUCGAAUGAAAGAAAAACAAAUCCACAACAAAAGCAACAACAAAAAUAAACAAAAAAGUUAUCAAUGAAUAUAAAAUAAAAGAAUAAAUGAAUGUGGUGCAUGAGAAGAAACAAAAGACCAAAACCCCAACAACGUACGUCGCUCGUUUGUUCACAUUCGCGCUCGCCCAUCCAUUGUUGACAGCGUGGAAUGUUUAAUAAUAAGCAGCAGCAGCAGCAGCAAAAGCAAGCUUGCUCCAACACCAACGUCAUAUUAAGAGCAGAGCACUGUUAUUCCUUGGAGGAAAUAUCACAAAAUUCCAUUAAGUACGGGCAUGACAUUUGUUUUUGAAAAUUCAAUAUUGUGUGAAAAGCUGUGAAUACGAUUUUUGCAAAAAAAAAAAAAAAAAAUUAACAACCAAUAACAACAACAACAGCCGACGAAUGUAAAAUUACGUGCGAAAUUAAAUGAUCAAGUGUUGAAUUGAGUGCAGAGACAACAGAAUCGUUGAGAAGUGGGGGCUCUUAAUACGUUCGAAAACAGCAACGACGGUAACAACAAACAAAGAAGGGGUUCUGUCCAUCUGUAUGUCUGUCGUUUCGACUACUUGAAGCUGACGCGUACACAUUAAUUCUCCAACGACACGUUGAGAUUGUGACAACGGCGAGUAUUUCAACAAAUUUCAACACCCAACCCCACUCCCAACGUUUUGAAAUAUUUUCCAUCUGAAAAAUUGGUUGGAAUUGUCCCUGAUUUUUGCUGACAUCCAAGGAGGCGGAUCACAACUGUUUUGAAGGUGAAAAGUUAUUAUCAGAAUUAAGCCAGAAAUCAUCGUGCCAGACAGAAGAGUCAGCCAGCCAGCCAGCCAGCCACAAGUCUGAUCAAAGCGCAUUCCAUUUAAAUGAAUGGAACAUUCUUCGUCUUAAGAUAUACGGUCAUCAAUCUUCAUACAAUUGGAGUAACCUCAGAGUAAAUUGAGAGAGGUGGCAGAUAUAUUUAAAGAUUACACCAACAUUGAUUCCCCCCUCUAUGUAUGUGUGCUUGUGUGUGUCCGCCGCUUAGCAUGCUCUAAUGCUGGCAAAUAAACGCCUACGCCUCGUUGCAGCUGGUUUUGCCACGCCAAAAAAACGCCCACACAUCCGCGGACAGCAAGUGGUCACUGGCUAACGUUGGACUAACACACAUAAAUGUACAAGGACAGCAGCUGCCGUAGCAGCCCUCAGCCACCGCCAACAACGAACGUCGCUGAUCCAGUCUCCUCGGAUAGAGCGACAACGACUGCUAGCGCUAGCCUCACAACUCAGGGUCACCCAAGUAACACGAACGCGACAAGUACAACUGGCACCACCACAACAACAACAACUGCUACAACAACAGCCACGAGCAACGUCCCACCCACACAUGUCCAUAGCUCGGCCACCGUAGAAGACGACGAAGAGGACGGCUUUAGUUGUCCCUCCGAAUCGAGCAGUGACUCAGAAUACGAAGUUCGUUCACGACCCUCCACCACCAGCACCACAUCGACCUCAUCGUCAUCGACCACAGCGGCUGCCGUUGGUCUGACGACAACGGGUGUUGGAGGCCCUUGCGCGAGACGUCAACGCUCCGCCGCAGCGACCACUGCCCGUCGUCAUCAUCGUCACACCAACUCCGAUGUUAGGAUCCUACGAAAGAUCGGUUACAUUGCUUCGCGGGUAAGAUUUUUGGCCCGCAUCUAUGCCGAUUUUAAGCUGGUGAAUCCCUACACCCCCGCCAAACAGAGACGUCUCUUGCAGGACAUUAUUUUGAAACAUUCGAUUGUUGAUCCCGAGCGUGAACUGAGCAGGGCUGAGACGGCAAAGCCCCGACCCUCGGAUACACCCUCCGUGCGUAGCCUGAACUCGGCCAGCAGUUACAGUGGUCAGCCGCAGACGGAAAGUUCGUUUGAGGACGAUUCGGUAACGGGUACGGUUAGGCGUAAAUCGUCCACCUCGAUUACGGCCUCACCUUCUCUGCUGCUGUUGGAAGACUUGCUGGUCCAGCUGUAUGAGGAUAGACGGAACAAAGUAACUUUGAUACGGAGAAGACGUAGCCGACGUAGCAGUGCGGGAGGUGGAACAACGCAGCAGCAGCAGCCGGUUAAGAAACCGCUCAAUCAUUUAAUCAUAAUGAGCAGUAAGACGGCGAGUAGCAGUGUUGAGCGUUUACUGCAAUUAGACAACGAGGAUGAGGGGGGCGGUGGUGGGGGAGUUGGAGGUAGUACCGCCAACACCGAUGCAGGCAGCGUGGAAAGACUCACCAAAGGCAAUCACAUUUACAAUGCAAACAUCACAAGUUCUAGUCAGCAGCAGCAACGUAACAGUUCAAUAUUCCUGCAACCCAUUGCGGGAGGAGAGGAAAAUCUACGUAGACGCCGGGCCAGUGACUGUACCCCCCAUCCGGCCCAGCCGUUGAGUAAUCAGCUGCAAAUAACGCUUAAAAACAACAACUGUACCAAAUUCCCCCUGCAUCGUGGCAGCUGCGGCGGGGCCGGAGAUCAUCUGCUGGCGGCCAAUUCUAUAGCCAAUCGCCAGACCCUGAUACUGAGCAAAUCCUGUGGCAAUGUUGAUGCCACCCUCGGCAACAGUAAUCCGGCCCUCUAUGGCAGCGGGGAUUUGAGGAGCAACACAACUGGGGUGUCAUCGGUUGGUGGCAAUGGCUCAAUGACCACAGCCGGCACUGGCACAUCGAUGGGUGGAGGUGGUGGUGGUCUCGGUGGUGGUUGCGGCGGCAGUAGCAUUGGCGGUGGUCAACUGAAUGGCAACAACGAGUACAGCAUUGUCCAGCUGAACAACACGAUAAUACAGUGCCACUUCAAUGACGAAGACUUUAAGGCUUUGGUCAAGGAUCUGAAGCGUAAAGUCGAGUACACGGAGCGCAUGAACUGGUUAUGUCUUUCCAAGCGUCCCAUGGGUCCCCAGUGCCGCAAAAGUAGCUUGCCCAAACACCAGGAGGUUAAAAAACGCUUCCUGGAAAUAUGCGACACCACCUUCUCGGAAGAGGUGCGCAAUGCCCUGCGUCUGCCGGCCUUCGAUUCGUACGAGUGGAGCGAUGCCGAUAUCAUUCAUCUGAUGCAGACCAUGUUCAUUGAGCUGGGAUUUAUUGAGAAAUUCAAUAUACCCCUGGACACGUUGCGGGAGUGGCUUUAUGAGGUGUACAAGCACUACAAUGAGGUGCCGUUUCACAAUUUCCGGCAUUGUUUUUGUGUGGCCCAGAUGAUGUAUGCCAUAACACGUCAAGCCAAUCUAUUGCAACGUUUAGGUGAUUUGGAGUGUCUCAUCCUUUUGGUGUCCUGCAUUUGUCAUGAUCUCGAUCAUCCAGGCUACAAUAACAUUUAUCAAAUAAACGCCCGUACAGAAUUGGCACUGAGAUACAAUGACAUAUCGCCUUUAGAGAACCAUCAUUGCUCGAUAGCAUUUCGUUUAUUGGAACAUCCAGACUGUAAUAUAUUUAGAAAUUUUAGCCGAGAAGCAUUCAACCAAAUACGUGAGGGGAUUAUACGCUGCAUUUUAGCCACCGACAUGGCCCGACACAAUGAGAUCCUGACCCAGUUCAAGGAGGUUACACCGAUCUUUGACUACUCCAACAGGGCCCACAUUAAUUUGCUUUGUAUGAUCCUCAUCAAGGUGGCCGACAUCUCCAACGAGGCCCGACCCAUGGAUGUGGCCGAGCCCUGGCUGGAUCGCCUACUGCAGGAAUUCUUUGCCCAAAGUGCAGCUGAAAAGACCGAAGGUCUACCGGUCACACCCUUCAUGGAUCCAGACAAAGUUAGCAAGCCCGGGUCCCAGGUCCGUUUUAUUGGUCUAGUCCUGUUGCCGUUGUUUGAGGCCCUGGGAGAACUGGUGCCCGAGGUGGUGGAUAUGAUUAUAGUUCCUGUGCGCGUAGCUUUGGAUUACUACAAGCGCUUAAAUGAUGCUCAAAACAAAUCUCGUAAAUCCCUGGCCGACAGCAUUUCCGCUGCCGCCAGCGAGAACACCAGCGGCGGUUCCGAUGCCAAUGCCGGCUCAUCCAGUACGGCCGGCGGUUCGGCCGCUGGUACCGUUGGUGGGGGUAGUAAUACCGGUGCUACUAGCAGUGGGGCCGGUAACUCUGGCGGCAGUAUUUCACCCCAAAUGCCACGCUCCCAAUCGGGCAUUAGUGUGAAGUCCCGCCGGAGUAUACCCUCCCAGAAAUCCGCCUCACGCACAUCGGUCGAUGAGCCGGGCGGCAUGCCAGCCGAAUUACAUGAUUUGCCCGAGGGCAGUGAGAGUGGCGACUCGGAAACGGCCACGGAGGUUGACGUGGCUGAGAAAACCUCCAAAUUCAAGGUGGACACCGAAGGCACCAGCAACCGCUCCAAAUCCUCCCAUUCCGCCUCGCGCAAGUCUUCGCGCGAAAAACGUCCCUCCAUGAUUGGCGAAAUGUGCAGCAGCGGCAGUGGCCAGCGCAUUCGCAACUCCUAUGGCAACAUUCAUGGCUAUCACUCCAAUCGCAGCCACUUUAGCUCCAAUCGUGCCGUCAGCCUGGACCAAUACAGCACCAACAAUCGCCGUCUGUCCGAUGGCCUGCAACAGGUCAUUUCGGACAGCAAUGUUUUCUAUAAUCGCCACAAUCGUGGCAGCCUGGAAGCUUCCACAGUAAAUUGCCGCCUCGUCGAGGACAUGAACAUGAAUGCCACGGGAAUUGUGACCCAGCCAUCGGCUGGUGGUGGCGGGAUAACGACCGGAGGAUAUCUGCCAACAAAUACUUCCCCAAAUGUGCCAAAUGCCGAUGGUGCCACUUCCACAAACGGCACCGCUUCGCUGCAGACUUCGGCUGCCGGGGGACAUUCUGCUACCAAUACCACUGCCUCUGUCAUGCAACACCAGCAGCAACAACAACAGCAACAGAAUAUCAUGUGCAUCAAUGCCUUCUCCAAUGGAAACAUAUCGCCCACCCAGCUCCAGCCGCAACAGCCACCAGCCCGUCAACAUUGUUGUGCCGCUGCUGCAGCGGCCGCAGCAGCUGCCGCCAACAAUGCCCAAAACGGCUUGACAAGCAGUACCAGCGAAACCCCUGCCGCCUCAAAAAAUUCCUGGAAGGCUAGGCUCAAACAGUUCUCCGAUUACUUUAGCUUCUCCUUUGACAAGAGCUCAAAGCGGUUUAGCAGUACCCGCAGCAGCCCGUGCUCGGUGCGCAACAACAAUGGCAACCAGCCGGGUGGGCCGGAUCCGGGUUCCACCUACAUAGACCCCCUGACGGGCAAGCCAAGCACCAUGUGUUGCACCAUCUCGAAUAGCUUGCAGUCGCCGGGUCUGCGCCAAAAACACAUUUCCCACCAACACGACCUCAUGUCGGCCGGUCGCCACAGGGCCUAUAGCCUGGAUGUGCCCUGCAAUCGCAGUAAUCCACGCUACAGCAGCAGCAGUGGUGGUGGAGGGGAUAGCAGCAGGAAAUCGUCACGCCACGAUGGCACCGUUACCGGCGAGGAGAACAAUAGCAACAAUACGCUUCACAGCAGCAGUGGUGGCGGCAGCGAUAUGCCCACCUGUAUGCCACCACCCAUACGCAUCGGCAGUGUCGAUGCCAGCGAUACAAUACUCAUUACCACCGGUGUCCUGCCCAAUGCCUCCUUGACACCCGCCACACUGGGCGGCGAUGCUGACCAGCCCAGUCUCAGCAUUGAUCUGGGCCUCCAGAGCCAAUCGUCGUCGGCCGAGCCACCGAAAAUAUGACAACGUGGUAGCUCAGAGACGACCACCAACUCCUCGAAUGGAGCUUUUGCUGCUCUACUGCAGCAACAACAACAACUGGAUGGCCAACGGCCAGCGGCAGGAGCUGCAACGGCGGCGGUACAGACAUCAUCCAGCUGCAAUGUAUCCUCCUCCAUGUCGAUGACGGUGUGGUCGGCUCUGGGCCAGCGUUUGAGUGCUUUGGUGUGUCAUUGUUGUGAGCGGAAAUUGCCAGAGCCGGAAAAUGUGUAAAAUGAAAAGAAAACAGAGAAGAGGAAGGCAUAGAAACAGACACAUGCACAGAGAGAACUUUGAAAACUUAGCAUGAUUAUAAAUUUGAAACCAUAGCUAAUCAACAUUGCAACAUUAGAGACAUUAUGUAAUACAAACCAACCAAUACCAAGAAGAUCAUUCAUGUGCAUUGAUUUUCGCUCUAGAAAAGAAAACACAAACACACAAACAAAUGCAAAACAAACCACCAUCCUCAAAAUCCUUUCCCUAAGGCAUUAGAAUAAUUUUUUGUUGCGUUUUCUAUUUUUUUGAAAUUUUAAGAGAAAAUUAGAAGAUAUUCAAAUUAUUAUUUAGAAAAUUUUUAUGUGGUGUAUGUGUGAAUGUGCAGCAUGUGAGGGCAUGAAAGAGAGUU